AUGUAUGAACUUUGGGUACCGCAAAAGCUGGCGCGACUUGUACCAGCACUCCUACUAUUCAUAUGCAGCGCCCAUGUAUCUGCUCAAAACGCAAAUGCAGACCCUUGGCCCAUCAUUUAUAGUACAAACAACUCGAUUGGACCAGAUGGACCGUGGUGGUUUCUCUCCCAGGCGACAGACUUUCCCGACCAGAUCCUUAGUGUUUACCCUUCGCUUUCUCAAUCAAGCAUGAUUAUCUCCAAGAAUACCUGCACAUCACAAACAGCCGACUGCCCAUUACCUGUACAGUCGGGUUGGACGCCCUCAGGAGCGUAUGCAAACGUCAACAACGGCUCGCUCACCCAGAGCCCGCCUCUGAGUCCCAGUGAAUGGAACAGCAAUACUGCAACACUGCUAGGACAGGACGGUUACGCAUUCUAUACCCAACAACGCUUCACAAUCCACAGAAAUGGCGACCCCAACUCCCCAGCCUUCUUGGACAAUCUUGCCAUUCUUGUUUCGACCAACGUAACAGUUGGGUUCCCGGGCGGGGCGAAGUAUACUUCGGAUGUUGGCCUGUUCAGUCUGUCUGGGUCGACGGCCAAGGUGUCGUGGGCAAAUGAGAACAAAACGACUUCAACAGCCAACCAACCGCUUGCUGUCGCAUAUAACGAUGACCACAUUCCAAGCCGAUCUUUUGGCCUCCACAUUGGCUCAGUAGAGCCUCAAGUCGAGGGCAGUCUUGUCCUUGGUGGAUACGACAGCUCUCGUUGCAUUACCGAACCGAUUAGUACAGACGGUGAUGCCUUCAGCCUUGUCGACAUCUCGCUGAAUGUUUCAAGCGGUGCAUCUGCUUUUCUGAAUUCCAAAACCACCGAGAUCACAGGUCUGUUCAAGGUCGAUGGACAACCAGCAAGCCCACAGGGUAUGCUUCCUGAUCCUGGUCUCCCAUACCUGUAUCUUCCAAAAGAUACUUGCGACGCCAUCGCUGCCCACCUUCCUGUGACCUAUAGUUCCGACUUCAACUUGUACCUUUGGGACACCAAAUCGGUGGCUUAUGAGCAAAUAGUGUCUUCACCGCACUCAUUGGUCUUCUCGUUCACCGGUAGCGAUGGGGCAAAGGGGACAAUCAAUGUGCCCUUCGCCCUCCUGAACCUUACGCUCACUCAACCUCUAGCCUCAUCGCCAACAGCUUAUUUCCCAUGCAGCCCACACGAGGCCUCACAAGACGUCCCAUACUAUCUGGGCCGAGCGUUUCUCCAGGCGGCCUUUGUGAGCUAUAACUAUAACACGGACAAGUAUUUCCUCGCCCAAGCGCCUGGGCCAGAUGGUCUUCCCAAAAACAUAAAGCGCAUAUCAUCCACAGAUUCAACACUUGCGUCUGCCGUCAAUCCUCCAACAUGGGACAGCACCUGGGCGAGCGCUCUGAAAGCUCUGGAAAGUGGCACUGCAACUGGCGGCAGCUCUCCUAGCAACGGCACAACCGUCGAAGCGCCUGCUGAUAAGGGGCUCUCUACUGGUGGUAUUGUGGGCAUUGUCAUCACCGUUGUUGCCGCAGCUGUAGCCGCCGUGGUAUUUUUCGUCCGAAGACGUAAAAUUCAGCACAAGAACCGACAAAAUCAAAGCCCACCGUGGGGCGCGCCCGCAUGGGAGCAGAAGCCCCCUCCAUCAAACAAUCUCGAAAUGCCAACUCCUGCAACCGUACAGCAGCCGUAUGAUCCAAACCAUGCCAAAGGAUACUACGGCUAUGGCCAGAAUGGUCAGCAGCAACCGCAACACCAAACUCACUUCACCGAAAUGCCUGCAACGCAGCCCGUGUCAGAGUUGGAGUCGGACUCGAGGAGUAGGGCCGUUGAGCUGGGCACGGAGCGGUAA